UUUGGUCGGUUCAGUUCUUGCAGGGUUUAGUUUGAUGCUUUGAUUGAUAAAGAAAAAAAGAUUAUGGCUGCCAAAAUUUUAUUAAUAUUUCUCUGUGUGAACGUGAUAUCUUUUUUAGUGAAUGCUUCAUCACGUCCGCAUAUGUGCGCUGUCGAAUCCGGUGGAAAAUGUUCUGAAUCUGGUGAAUGGAAAGGGGAAUUUUUCCCUGGAAUUCCCAAAAUUACAUAUGAGGGUCCUCGUAGCCGGAAUCGACUUGCAUACAAAUGGUAUAAUGCAGAAGAGGUGAUCUUUGGGAGGAAAAUGAAGGACUGGUUGAGAUUCAGUGUUGCAUUUUGGCAUACGUUUCGUGGAACUGGUGGUGAUCCUUUCGGGGCACCCACGAAAUAUUGGCCUUGGGAAGAUGGUACCAAUUCCGUUGCUAUGGCCAAAAGAAGAAUGAGAGCCAACUUCGAAUUCAUAAACAAGCUCGGCAUUGAUCGGUGGUGUUUCCAUGACCGAGACAUUGCUCCUGAGGGCAAAACAAUCCAGGAAACUAACUCAAACUUGGAUGAAGUGGUGAAACUUGCUAAAGAACUUCAGGGAGACAACAUCCGUCCAUUGUGGGGUACGGCUCAACUAUUUAUGCAUCCUCGUUACAUGCAUGGUGGUUGUACGAGCUCUGAAUUGGGUGUAUAUGUAUAUGCUGCAACUCAAGUCAAGAAAGCCAUGGAGGUGACACACUAUCUAGGGGGAGAAAACUAUGUGUUUUGGGGUGGUCGUGAAGGUUAUCAAACACUUUUGAACACAGACAUGGAAUUUGAACUUGAUCAUAUGGCAAAAUUUCUAGAGGCUGCGGUUGCCUACAAGAAGAAAAUUGGAUUCAAAGGAACUCUAUUGAUUGAACCUAAGCCUCAAGAGCCUACCAAACAUCAGUAUGACUGGGAUGCUGCAACAACAAUGAACUUCUUGCAAAGACACGGGCUAGUUGGGGAAUUCAAACUUAACAUUGAAUGCAACCAUGCCACACUCUCUGGUCACAGCUGCCAUCAUGAUGUUGAGACUGCAAGAAUCAAUGGAUUGCUAGGAAAUAUUGAUGCAAACUCCGGUGAUCCUCAGACCGGUUGGGAUACAGAUCAGUUCUUGACAGAUAUUGGAGAGGCAACUAUGAUUAUGUUGAGUGUGAUAAAAAAUGGAGGAUUAGAACCAGGAGGCUUAAACUUUGAUGCAAAAUUACGGAGAGAGAGCACAGAUGUUGAAGACAUGUUCAUUGCUCAUAUUGUUGGAAUGGACACCUUAGCCCGUGGACUCCGAAAUGCUGCCAAGUUGAUCGAGGAUGGUUCUUUGUCCGAGCUUAUUCAUAUGCGGUAUGCGAGCUUUGAUAAUGAACUUGGUGCCCUCAUUGAGGCCGGUAAAGCUAAUUUUGAAAUGCUUGAGAAGAAAGCAAUUGAAUGGGGUGAGCCCAAGGUGGCUUCAGCCAAGCAGGAACUUGCAGAGAUGAUUUUCCAAUCUUUUCUAUAGGAAGACCUUGAUUAGCAUUAUGGUCAAAGUGUUUGGUCUUUUUGCCAAUUUUGUAUUAGGAAUAAUCUUUUUGAUUUUUUAUCAAUAAA